AUGAAACAAUAUAUAGUCGUAUAUCUGUUGGUAUUAUUAAUCUCUGGAUAUUAUGCGCAAGAAACCACAACAAUUUCACCAUCUAGCUGGAAUGGUGAUUCAGACUUGUGCACGGUUGAUCCGUCAGCCCCUGUGACAAAUGAUAGGCCUUUUCCAAUAUUUCCGAAUAUUACAGAAUUUGCUUUAGAAAGAGUAGAAGUCAGACAUGUCUUAAAUGCAACAUUACAAAGUGUAUUAACUUUGUAUCAAUAUUUAUAUGAUUAUAAAGCUAAUAAAUUGAUUUUGGUUAAAAAUACAAAUGGUUUGAUUGAUGUUGAAUAUUUUUAUUAUGACAAAUUAAAAAAAGCAACUUAUUUUCGUGGAGACUUCUGUAUUGUUACUGAUAUCGACAAAUAUAUCGAUACAGAUGGUACAUCGGCUAUUGAAUUAGAGGAUAAUUCAUGGCACAUUCGUCCAUUGAAUGAAUUUUUUCUAUUUUCCAAUGAUGAUCAACGACGACCAUUAAUUCAACCAAAAUAUAUUGGUCAAAGUACAGUACGUGGAAUUCCAGUUGAUCAAUGGGAAACUUGUAUAAUUAAUCGAGGUAAUCUUCAAACAUUUCGACGUACAUGGUCAUUUGGACGAAAAGAUUUUGUUACACCACUUGGUCCUAUUCGUGAUUUAGCUUUUCCGGUUCAAGCCAUUAUAAAUUCUUCAAUUAUGCUUACAAAUGGUAUGCGAGUUGCACAAUUUGAUGAAGUAUUUAAUGUUUAUUCAUACAGACCAGGAAUUAUAGAAAGUCCUGAACAAUUAGCUCCACCAAAAGGUGUAUUUUGUCGUUAUGAUUCAGGUCAAACAUUAGUAUCCCUUCAAGACGCUGGUUUUACAUGGCCCGAUCGUUUUAGUGUUCGUGUUGAUGCAUCCUCAUCACGUGAAACACGAUGGCACAGAUUUCAUUUACGUUACGAUCGUGGUCGUAAUGGUGGUUCAAAACGUAUUCGUUAUGAUUAUUUACCAAAUAAUGGAGAAGAUUUUGAAUCUAUUAUACAUGAUUAUGGUAAUGAUUUAACUUAUAUUAUUGAUCGUCGUACUGGCACAUGUAAAAUUAAUCGAGGUGUUCAAUAUCCUGAUGUUAAUCCAACUCGUGACCCAAUUAGUUUCUUUAUUCAAAAUGAAGCGAAGUUUUUUGAUUCAGGCAACAAAAUAUGGGAAGUUAAUGGAAUUCGAGCAUGCCGAGGCAAUUCAAUUAAAUGUUCAUCACUAGUAUCUUCAAUUGAUAACUUUCCUGUUAUUAUUGAACCUGAUACUGGUAAACCAACUGGUGAAACGUGGGAUGCAACAAAUGUUGAAUAUGGUUGGUCAGCACGUUCAAUUGUUGCACAAGCAGCAGCUGGUGGGGACAGAAGUUUUGAUUAUCCAGUAUAUUUAUAUUUAAAAUUAUAUCGACUUGAUGAUCCAAAUAAUCCAUCGACAACAAAUAUUCGUACUGAAGACGUUGAAUAUGAAUUUUAUGAAAUGUCUCAUGAACUAACUUCAAAUGAUUUUGACACAAGUAUAUGUUAUCGCUCAGGUGAUUUAGAAUAUUUACAUCUUGGUUUUAUACUUAAAAUUGAUCAAGAUAAUAUUGUUGAUGGAAAUCAUCUAAAUAGACGUUUCCUUGAAAUGGAUGUUCAUUUUAAUUUGGCUGAUAAGAUGGGAAUACGAUUCUCACGUAUUACUGAUAUUGAUAUAUUUCAUGAAAAUGCUUCGAAGGAUGUUAAUGUCUUUUUUACUUUACUUGGUCCAACACCAAAUCCUGAAUCACCAACUCUUGUCUCUGAAAAUGAAAUAACAGCUGCAGUAGCACGAGAUAACCUUAGAAAAGCAAUUGAUGGUGGAGUAUUUCAAUUCUCAAUGAGAUUAACUGAUAAUUCAACUACAUUUAUUCAAUUUCGUGCAUUAAAUGGUUCAUUAAAAGAUUCAAAACAAUUUAUGUCAUCCCAUGCAGUUGGAGAUGUAGGUACUAAAGAAUCAUAUUCAUCAGGUGCACAAGCUGGUGCUGUUAUUGGUGGAAUACUUGUUGGACUUGUUGCUGGUAUUCUUAUAGCAGCAGUAAUUCGAAUUGUACGUAAAGAACCAAUGCCAAAUAUACCAAUCUUGCCAAGCUCAUUUACCAACCCUUUACCAAACAUUAAUUUUUAUAAUAAAAAACCACCAACUGAUGCAAAAGCUACAUCCGAUGCAAAAGCUACAUCCGAUGCAAAAGCUACAUCAGAUGCUUAA